AUGAUCAAUUCUAUACGAGUCUUUGGUCACUUGGAAAGGUCUUUUUUCAUCGAAUUCUGCAAGUUUAUUGAACGUAUCAAGCUUUCCAAGGGCGAAUAUCUUUUUCGCGUUAAUGACCCUGAUGACAAUGUCUAUGUUGUUCACUCAGGGAUGAUUCAAGUGUGCGUAAUGGAAACUGAUGGUUCACGUUCCGUAAUCAGUGAAGUCACUCGUGGAGGGAGCAUUGAUAGCUUUCUUUCUGUACUAAACGUGCUCAGCGGAAACCCAUCAACUCACAAAACAAUGGAAGCCGUAGCCGUAGAUGUCAGCACUGUACUGAAAUUGCCAAUUCGAUCGUUUCUUGAAAUUUGCCAACCACAAACUCCGGCGCUCAUGCGAAUUUUGCAAAUGAUUACCAUUCGCUUACAACGACUCACUGCUGUUGCUGUCCAGAGCCACCUUGGCCUGUGUUCUGAACUAACCGAAAAAGAAUGCGUCUGUCGUUUGGAGGCACCCAAAGCCCAAGAGUUCUUCAAGAAAAUCUGGCCUAACGAAUCAUAUGACCCGAACUCGACAGCGAGUUUCGAUCGUGAUCAGGAACCCUUUGUCGCACUCCCGAACGCUCGCGGCAGCAUUUGUCCACUGGUCAGUCAUACGUUCGAAUUAAACUAUGAAGGAGAAAUCUUAGACGAAUUUGAACCCGAUUAUCGGGGCACGAAGAAUCGUCUGGCUGUUCGUGGGGUAUGUGGCGAAUUGGAAUUCGGUGAGGCACCCUCAUGCAUCUCCACUGAGAGAACAGUCAUCGCGUCUACUUCCUCUACUAAUGGAGAGUCACUGAAAACCAUGGAGCCUUCACACUCUGCAACUGACGCUGACACUUUUCAAAGCAUCACGAGAUCUCACACUAACCAGAUAUGUGAAAAGCUAGACGACGCUCCCGAAAUCUUUACCAAGUCUUCUGUCUCCGACAGCCUAAACAUAGAUCGCACAACAGAGCUUGGCUUAUUGUUUGCAGCUGAAGAAGAUUUAACUAGUCUCCUUAAGCUCUCCGAUGCCAAUGCUCUCCGUGGACAAGUGACCCUUUCAAGCAUCAAAGCUGACACCAUCUUAUCCGAAGAAUCCUCGAUGCAGACUGUGCUGUACUACAUCGUUUCAGGGGAAUUACAAGGCCAACAGUGUGUUGCCGGAGUGGGAUCUCCGAGUGAAAUUUGCACGCUUUUUCUUGGUCGGCCGGGUGAUGUUGUUGGGUUGCUUGGCCUAAUCACGGGUGAGCCGAAUGUGUACACUUUGAAAGCGACAAAAAACAGCGUUGUGGCCUCAUUGUCUCGUGAGCACUUCUACGCUCUCGUGCGGAAACAUCCGAUGACGUUGUGCAGUGUGAUUCAGCUGAUUAGUGCACGCGUUUCUCCCCUUUUGCAUCAACUGGAUUUUGCCAUUCAGUGGAUUACAAUAAUGGCCGGCAAGGCGCUUUACAAAGUUGGUGACGCGGCCAAUUAUGUCUACGUGGUACUCAGCGGUCGGUUGCGUCAAGUCGACAGCCUCACUGGAGGUGGCCAUCGCAUUGCUGGCGAAUCGGGACGCGGUGACAUGGUCGGUUUUCUGGAAGUUAUCUGUUCACAACGACGUGUUCACACCGUCAUAGCCAUCCGCGAUUCCGAACUUGCUCAGAUUCCAGCUCUACUUCUUCAGCGACUGAAGCAUAAGGUCCCUCAGGUAUUAAACCGGCUCAUUCAACUACUCUCCGGUCGUUUGUUGGGCAAUAUCACUCACUACAGCGGAGCGAGUCACCUCGGUAUCGGCUUUGGGGUAUCUCGGAUUUCAGAUGCCACCCAUUACCCCAGCAUUACUCCAGACCUUAAAUCUGAUUCCGCCGCGUUCCCUCAGCUGACAAAGAUGACCAUGUCGAAUCUACGCACCAUCGCCAUUCUGCCGACCGCGAGUUCAAUUAGCGCCGAGGCAUUUACUUUGGAGUUGCAGCAUUCACUUACCCCCAUGGGAUCUUCGGUCCGUCUGACGUCAGACAUCAUUCGGAAAAGGUUGGGCCCAACUGCUCUCUCUAGCAUCAACCAAUAUCGAUUGAGCGCUUGGUUAAGUCACCAGGAAGACUCGCAUCGGAUUGUGUUUUUUGUCUGUGAUUAUACGCGAAGCUCAUCCUGGAACCGUUUAUGCAUUCGUCAAGCGGAUUGCGUUUUAGUGCUUGCCUUGGGUAACAGUGAUCCUUCCCGUAUAUCUGCCCUUGAACUCACUCUGAAGAAUCAUCCAACCAAGGUUGUCAAAGCCCUGGUUCUGAUGUACACGUUAGCCACCGACUAUCCUGCACAACGGCAGACUGCCACUUGGCUGAAUGCGCGUCCCUGGAUCAGUCAUCACUACCACAUUCGGUGUGAACCACGCGUCUUUACGGUACGCGAUUCGGCUGACCUGGUCGCAUUCUACUCCCACGUUUUUACCCGAGAACGUCCUAAUCCACUGUCUGACUUCUCACGGCUUGCCCGAUACCUCACAGGUGAGGCAGUCGGCUUGGUUCUCGGUGGAGGUGGUGCUAGAGGAUGCGCACACAUCGGGAUCAUUCGAGCAUUGCAGGAGGCUGGCAUCCCCAUCGAUCUAGUGGGUGGUACCAGCAUUGGUGCGUUCAUGAGUGCGCUGUGGGCAGAGGAGACACGGUACGCCCAAUUCACCCAAAGAGCACGCGAUUUCACCAAGUGCUUCAAUUCAGUGUGGAAGAAAGUGAAGGAUUUUACUUAUCCGGCAGUGUCUAUAUUUUCCGGACGAGAAUUCAACCAGCAGCUAGAGACAGUCUUCAGGGAUCGUCAAGUCGAAGACUUAUGGGUCCCUUCUUUUUAUGUGACAACCGACAUUACUAACUGUAGGAUGCGUGUGCAUACCCAAGGUUCACUCUGGCGCUAUGUUCGGGCCAGCAUGACUCUGUCUGGAUACCUCCCUCCAUUGUGUGACCCAUACGAUGGAAGCUUGCUCCUUGAUGGUGGUUACACCAACAACUUGCCCGCUGACGUCAUGUCUGCCUUCGGUGCGAAAACUAUCAUUGCCGUGGACGUUGGUGCAACUGUGGACACCGAUUUCACGGAUUAUGGCGAUCAUUUAUCCGGUUGGCACCUACUGUAUCACCGACUGUUUAAGUCAAACAAAUCCGCUCUCCGAGUGCCAAAUUUGUCAGAAAUUCAAGCUCGUCUCGCUUACAUCUCCUGCGUGAGACAACUGGAGCAAGUAAAACAGAGCGGAAUCUCGCACUAUUUGCGUCCUCCGAUCGACCAGUACAUGACAUUGCAGUUUACAGCGUUUGAAGAAAUAUUGAAUGUUGGUUACGAAUACUGUAAGAGCGUGCUUUUGGAGUGGGACAAAGAUGACACGUUCAAAUUACCCAUCCCUGGGUUACUAUUGAAUUUAGCGUUCGACCAAUCUGGCGCGAAGCAGUCUGCUUCACGCACGCCGUCCUCCACACCGAACAGAUCGACAGUGAACGGUUGGACUGCCAGCAAUUUACUCAGUCAGACGUUUGACGAUCACCGGACAUUUGUGGAUUUGGCGGAAACCGUUUGUGCUGGCUCUACUCCGGAUGAUUCGUCGGUUUCCCAAUCAGAUGUGGACUGUGCGAGGUACUUUUUGGAGAACCCACGUGGCAGUCGUCAACCAAGAAAACGCUCUUACGACGUUUUAGGUGGCAGUCUCGGGUUUCUUAAAGGCAGUGCCUUUCGAUUUACUGAUAAGCAACAUGAUCAAAUUGCGUCUUUAUCGCAAAAGGUGUACUCAUAUUUGCACUCUGCUAAGCACCUUGUCUCAAACUCGUUGCCCAACACCGGUCUGUUCCGACGCCGAGCGCUUAGUGAUAAUCUGUGCUACUCCAGUACAUCUGUUAGUUUGGAGUCAUCGGACGAUGGCGGACAUUUUUCCGAUGCCCAAGAUUAUCCCGGUUGGGAACAUCAAGCCCCCAUGAGCCGAUCUGCCUCCAGCUAUCUGGUUAACACCAACUCCCAUACAUCCCUCAGUCAAACACUGAAUACGCCAAGCAUCACGCCAUCAAUAAAGAAGGAUAUCGUUGACGAAACCGAAAGCGCCAGGCAUGUUGCCAGAAUCAGUGAUUUAUCAAUGAACGAAAAGAUCAAAAACAACCUCUUUGAACCUCAGGUAGAGCAUCAUCGUUGUAACUCACCAGGAGUACAGAUGAAUGUAGGCUACAUGGAAGACGAUGAAAGCGAAGUCCGGUCGGCACAUUCCUUCGGCUGUCGACCUGAGUCUGAAAUCCGCGAACGCCUCCCACGUGUCUCUCGUAGCGCUGACCGAGCGCAAGCCGUGUCAAGAAACGUCGUUGGACCAGCUUCGGAUUGGUAA